ACGAAGCCGUCGACCUUGCGCUUCGAGUCUUCGACCGGGCAACAAAAUCUCCUGCUCGAUCUGCUUCUUUGCAUAUCGGCGGAUCAGAGAUCUUCGCGAAAUGAGGAUGGAGGGGCUCAUCCCUUUCGUCUUCGGCGCGAUCAAGAAGCGGAGGGCGACGAGGAGGACGAUGCACUACGACCUCAUCUCCUCCCCCGGCUCCUCUCCUCCUCCUCCUCUCCAAACGCGGGGGCGGCCGGCGGCGGAGCGGCUCACCGGCGGCGCCUAUCACUCCCAGAGUGGGAGUAGUCAGAGCCAGAGCUGUCGCUUCGUCGUCCGGCGUUCGCUGGCGGACGAGCUCCAUCUCUUGCGCGACGACGACGGGCGCGACACGCCUGCCGGCGACGGCCGCGGGCUGUCCAGGUCUCGGAGGUUCAGCAGCAUGCGUGUGCCUGGAUGCGUCAGCGACGUGCAGGAAUCUGUAGUUCUCCCUAGGCGCCAUUGAAGCCUAGCAUGUGAGCGCAAUUACAUGCAUGCUAAACAGUAUACCAUUUUGUUGUUAAUUUUUGUUAAGACUCGAGAGGAAUCAAUACCAUUCUUCCCCCGAGAGGAAUCAAUACCAUUUUGCUAUAUUAUA